GCCAGCAGCCACGCCGCUGAGCUCCCGCGGACGGACGUCGGUGCACCCGACGGGCGCGCAGCCGAUGCGCCAGCCGGCGGCGCCAUGACGCUCCAGCAGGUGGACGGCAGAGCGCCGGUGCAGCGCGAGGCGGGCUCUGCAGCCAGCGGUCUCGUGGAGCUCCAGCGGGCGGACGGCAGCGCACCCAGGCUGCGCGAGGCUGGCUCCGCAGACGGCGUAGAGGGCCAGUUGUCCGAUGCUUUCUGGUUGGGCGCCGCGGCGGCCAGCGAGGGCGAGGUCACGGCGGGCAUGGUGAAUCAGAAGUUCCACCAGAGCGGCGCCUUGAACGCGACCCUGGAGCUCAGAUUCGAGCAGAUGGAGCAAAGGAUCGAGCUGAUCGAGCAGGAGAAGGAGGAGCUCCGCGCGGCCAAGGAUCAGGCGGAGCGUCGGCUCAAAGAGCUCGAGCACAAGUUCGCGAAGAUGGAGUUCGGGACCCAGGUGCCCGCCAGCCUGGAGCGUCGCAUCUAG